AAAAUCUUUUCAUUAUUGUUUUUGUUGUUUACAUCGAACGUUUGUGCUCAGCAAAUGAUGACAUUUGUGAAUGAAUCAUCAACAACAAAAACAACAACGAUAUCCGAAUUAUCUUCAAACAUUGUUGAUACUUCAAUGAUUGAUCCAACAUUACCAUCGAUUCAAAUGAUGAAUGCUACAACAACAACAACAACAACAAUCAUUGAUAAUAAUAAGAAAAAUAUUCAUGCCGAAGCAUUUCAUCAUUAUCAAACGAAUCGUAAACAAAAACAACAAUUAGCUAUAUUCAAUAAUAAUAGUGAUAUAAAUAAUAUUGAAACAUCAGCAUUAAAAUCAUCAAUUACAGUAACAAAAAUGUCAAAUGAACGUAAACCAUGGACACCAUUAAGAAAAUCUGAUCAUCAUCAUCAUAAUAAAUAUAAAGAUGAUAAUAAUAAUAAUUAUCCAUCAUCAAUGAUGACAUGGCUUGAUGGACAAUUUACUGAUAAUGUUACAAAAAUAUUACAAACAAUACUUGAAGAUUAUGAUAUACGUUUAAGGCCAAAUUUUGGUGGCGAUCCACUACAUAUUGGAAUGGAUCUAACAAUUGCAUCAUUUGAUUCAAUUUCCGAAGUAAAUAUGGAUUAUACAUUAACAUUAUAUUUACAUCAAUAUUGGCGUGAUGAACGUCUUAAAUUUGGACAAGAUGAUAAUAUUGAAUUAACAUUGUCCGGUGAUUUUAGUGAACGUAUUUGGGUACCUGAUACAUUUUUUGCAAAUGAUAAAAAUUCAUUUUUACAUGAAGUUACUGAAAAAAAUAAAAUGGUACGUUUAAAAUCGGAUGGUUCGGUUUCCUAUGGAAUGAGAUUUACAACAACAUUAGCCUGUAUGAUGGAUUUACAUUAUUAUCCAUUGGAUUCACAAAAUUGUACGGUUGAAAUUGAAAGCUAUGGAUAUACCGUUUCCGAUGUAGUGAUGUAUUGGACUGAUACACCUGUAAAUGGUGUUGAAGAUGCUAAACUUCAUCAAUUUACAAUUGUUGGCUAUGAAACGACUGAUCGUAAAGAAUCAUUAGCAACUGGAACUUAUCAACGUUUAUCAUUAUUAUUUUCAUUAAAACGUAAUAUUGGUUAUUUUAUUUUUCAAACAUAUUUACCAUCAAUAUUGAUUGUAAUGCUUUCAUGGGUUUCAUUUUGGAUAAAUCAUGAAGCAACAUCAGCACGUGUUGCAUUAGGUAUUACAACCGUAUUAACAAUGACCACUAUUAGUACUGGUGUUCGUAGUUCAUUACCAAGAAUUUCCUAUGUAAAAGCUAUAGAUAUUUAUUUGGUAAUGUGUUUUGUAUUCGUAUUUGCUGCAUUAUUGGAAUAUGCAGCUGUUAAUUAUACAUAUUGGGGUGCUCGUGCAAAGAAAAAAAUCAAACCAAAUCCACAACAUCAACAUCAUCAUCAUCAUCAUACUGGAACAUCAUCUUGUUCAUCUGGUACAUCACCUUCGGAUCUUCAUUCAACUAAAUGGUCAUUACCUAAUCAACGUAUGGGAAAAAAUUCUCGUAUGAUUCAUUUGAAAAAAGAUACAAUACCAUGUCCAAUGACAACAGCAAAUCAAAAGAUAAUCAAACAACCUUAUUCCGUAAAUUCUCAAUUAACGCCUGUACAAAUACCUUCAUCUACAUUGAUUGCUAAAGAAAAACCUGUAUAUAAAGAUGUUGCCAUAUCACCUAUAGCUUCAUUACGUAAUAUUCAAUCAUCUCACUUAGUGAAUAGAAAACAGCGAAUGCAAAAUGCUCAACAACAACAACAACAAUCAACAAUCAUGUUUGAUCUAUCGAAUUUACAAUCAUCAAAUGAUAAUUCAUUAUUGGCAUUAUCGAAAACAAAAAUUUUUCCAGAAAAUUUCCCAAUUUCAUCACAAUUAUUAUUUGAUCAGCAAAAUACUCAACAACAACAACAACAACAACAAUCGUAUCAAAUACCACCAUUAGGUGAUUAUGGAUUUGCACCAUCACCGCCACCACCAGCACCACCAUCAUCAUCAUAUUAUAAUUUAAAUAUUAAUGAUAUAAUGGUCGAACAAGGUGAUAAUAAUGAUGAUCAACAUUCAUUGCAACCACCAUCACAACAACAACAACAACAACACCAGUCACCACCAAUGAAUGAAAAUUCAGAUUUCAAUCCAUAUAAUCACGAUAAAUCAAUACAACAACAACCAUCCGAAUUUCUUCAUCAUGGUUAUGGUCAUCAUUUACGAAAUAAUAGUUCAUCAUUACGUUAUCGACGUUCAAAACAAUCACAAAGAUCUGGAAUGUCCAAUAAACAAUCAAUGCAUCAACAACAACAACAACAACAGCCAUAUUGCUCAUCAUCUACAAUGAAUAAUGGAACAAAAAAAGUACGAGAUGUAAACAAAAUUGAUCGCUAUUCACGUAUUAUAUUUCCUGUUUCCUAUAUGAUUUUCAAUGCCUUUUAUUGGAGCUUUUAUACAAUUUGAUCAACCGGUGUUGAAUAUAAUGGAUGCACACAUUUACAUUAU